GCGGUGAGAGCGAGGGAGCGGAGGCGGCAGCGGCGGCGCUGGUGAGGUGCGAGGCGAGCGCGCGACACUGGAGGAGCGGAUGUUAAGUCAGAGUACAGAGGAAAAUGUCCACCAAACAAACUUCAUGGACAAGCCUGUCCACUAUUCAAAAAAUAGCCCUGGGCCUUGGAAUCCCAGCAAGUGCAACAGUAGCCUACAUCCUAUACCGCCGAUAUAGGGAAAGCAGAGAAGAGCGACUGACAUUUGUUGGAGAAGAUGACAUUGAGAUAGAAAUGCGAGUUCCCCAGGAGGCUGUGAAGCUCAUCAUUGGUCGACAAGGAGCCAAUAUUAAACAGCUUCGGAAACAGACAGGUGCUCGGAUUGAUGUGGACACUGAGGAUGUAGGCGAUGAGCGAGUACUGCUUAUCAGUGGUUUUCCUGUUCAGGUGUGCAAGGCCAAAGCAGCAAUCCAUCAGAUCCUGACAGAGAACACUCCAGUGUUUGAGCAACUCUCAGUUCCCCAGAGAUCUGUGGGCAGAAUCAUAGGGAGAGGCGGCGAGACAAUUCGAUCUAUCUGUAAGGCUUCUGGAGCCAAAAUUACUUGUGACAAAGAAUCAGAGGGAACCCUGCUACUCUCAAGACUUAUAAAAAUCUCAGGAACACAGAAGGAAGUGACAGCAGCUAAGCAUCUGAUAUUGGAGAAAGUUUCAGAAGAUGAAGAACUUCGGAAGAGAAUUGCCCAUUCUGCAGAAACCAGAGUCCCUCGAAAGCAGCCAAUCAGUGUGAGAAGAGAGGAAGUGACAGAGCCCGAUGGAGCUGGAGAAGCAGCUUUAUGGAAAAAUACCAAUACUAGCAUGGGGCCAGCUGCACCCCUGGAGGUUCCUCUCCGAAAAGGAGGUGGUGAUAUGGUUGUUGUAGAACCAAAAGAAGGUUCCUGGGAGAAACCUAAUGAUGACAGCUUUCAGAAUUCUGGUGCCCAGAGCAGUCCAGAGACGUCCAUGUUUGAAAUUCCCAGUCCUGACUUCAGUUUCCAUGCUGAUGAGUACCUAGAAGUCUUCGUUUCUGCUUCUGAGCACCCUAACCACUUUUGGAUCCAAAUCGUUGGCUCCCGCAGCCUGCAAUUGGAUAAACUUGUCAGUGAGAUGACCCAGCACUAUGAGAAUAGUCUGCCUGAAGACUUGACUGUGAACAUAGGAGACAUUGUAGCAGCACCUUUAUCUACAAAUGGUUUUUGGUAUCGAGCCCGGGUUCUUGGAACUUUGGAAAAUGGAAACUUGGACCUCUACUUCGUUGACUUUGGAGAUAAUGGAGAUUGUCCACUGAAGGAUCUCAGGGCCCUCAGGAGUGACUUUCUAAGCCUCCCAUUUCAAGCAAUAGAAUGCAGUCUGGCACGGAUUGCCCCCGCAGGUGAACAGUGGGAAGAAGAAGCUCUAGAUGAGUUUGACAGACUCACUCACUGUGCUGAUUGGGAGCCCCUGGUGGCCAAGAUCUCUAGCUAUGUCCAGACUGGAAUCUCAACUUGGCCAAAGAUCUAUUUAUAUGAUACCAGCAAAGGGAAGAAAUCUGAUAUUGGGCUAGAAUUAGUUCGUAAAGGCUAUGCAAUCGAACUUCCUGAAGACGUGGAAGAAAACAGACCUGUCCCAGAUAUGUUGAAGGACAUGGCCACAGAAACAGAUGCUUCUCUUGCCAGCAUACUCACUGAAACCAAAAAGAGCCCUGAAGAGAUACCACAUACCCUCUCCUGCCUCAGCUUAUCAGAAGCUGCCUCUAUGUCUGGUGAUGAUAACCUUGAAGAUGACUUAUUCUGAAGUCUGGGCUUCCGCUGCUGGAUCAGCAGUCUGCUUUGCUGUGAUUUGGUGCCAGGAGAGAGGAGUCUAUGAUAGAAAGAUCCAUGAAGUCCUUUAUUUCACAUGGUGUGGCUUGCUGUGGAUCAAAUCCAUUUUCUGUUCCAUUGGACUUACCAAAAAGCAACAGUUGGAGACAAAUGAAGACAAAUAGAUUUCUCACUUAACUCCUCUGGUUCUUCCCCUGUCUUUUAAUGUUUGGAUGCUGCUGUGUAAUUCCUAGCCUCGUCAGGCAGUCCCCUCUGCCAGUAAUAAUUUGCAUUACUGCUGGGCUGUAUUCUUUUUGAGGCUGGGAAACAGCCACGGUUUGGGCAUUGGAAAUGAUGAUUCUGCAGAUUUCUGACUCGCCUUAUCAGCGACUAUAGUUUAUAGGAAGUAUUGGUGAAUUCAGAAGACUGCAGUUAUCAGGAGACAAAAAUCAGCAUAAAUAUAUUUAAAAGCCUCGUGGGGAGGAGAGCACUACCUCUCACCCUCAGUCGCUGAGGUUAUUAGAGUAGUUUGUUUGUUUUUUUAACAGUACUCCAAUUAUUUCUUUGUGAACUUUAGUUAAAAUGCUACUAGAAGAAAGGAAAAGGCAACUUAGGAAAUGUUGUAUAUUGCCAGUUUGUCUUGUAUACACACACCUAGAGAGAGAGAAAGGAUGUGUAGUUCUGCUUAAAUAAUUUGGGGGAUUGUUUGCUGAAUAAAGUUCUCAAAAUUAUCUAAACCCAGAUACUCAGUCACAACUUGGAAAUAGGCCUGUGAGUAAAGUCUCUUGAGUAAGUCUUGGUAGUAAUUGCCAGCUGCCUCACAUACAAAAGCAUCUUGAAAGAAGUGCUCUUCCCAUACAAACAUUCAUAUUCAUCCCCUAAAGUCACUUCAGAAAUCAGCCAGUCCCUCAGAAUCAUAACCAGUUUCAGCUAUGUACACAAAAGCUAAAAGACUUUAGGUGACUUGUUUCCUUCUGGCAGCUUUCCAUUGCUGACAAUAUUGUAAGACAUCUUUGAGACUUGUGACAGUACUUAAAUACGAAUGCACAAUGAAAAAUGAACAUAUGGAUGCCUUAUGUGUGCCUCUUUAAACUCUAGCAUUAGUAGCCAUCCCAUGUGACUCCGGUCUAUAACCUCUGCUUCUUGGAGGCCAAGGCAGGAGAGUGAAAGCUAAUGACCUUGUCUGAGCAACUUUCUAAGAUGCUAUCUCAAAAAUUAAGGAGAGGCUAGGGAUGUAGCUCAGUGGUAUAGCACUUCUAUGUCAUUUGUAAUAUCCUAAGUUCAAAAUUUUUGGAACCAUUUAGAAAGACUUCAAAGAAGGGGCAGUUUGAGCAUCUCUUAUACUCCUGUAGGAACCUAGACAGGCUCCUAUUAGUGUUUCACGUUCUGACUGUGGUGAAUCAUUGAAGUGUACUCAGCCUGGCAUUGGAAUUACUAUACAACAGGCUCUGGAGGCCAUUGAGUGCCUACUUUCCUCAGUGCUGCUUUCUCUCAGGGAUGGAGAUCAUAAAACUUGCAGUUUAUUAUGUAAAAGCCUAUUAAAAACCAAUUUGUGGGGCUGUUGAGAUGCUCAACACUGGCUACUCUUGGAGAAAAAUCUAGGUUCAGUUCCCAGCACCCUCAUGGUGGCUCACAACCAUCUUGGAAUUUCAGUCCCAGGGAACCUCCUCUUACCUUGUGCACUAGAUAUGCACAUGGUGUACGUGUAUACAUGUAAGCAAAACACUCAUACCCAUAAGUGUAAAAAUAAACAUAGUUAAUGGUACACAGCCUGUUCUCAGCACUUGGGAGGUAGAAGUGGAAGAAUUAACGUCCUCUGCUACAGAAUGUGUUUGAGGCCAGCCUGGGCUACGUGAGACCCAGUCUCAAAAAAAAAAUUUUUUUUACCCUUCAAUGUGUCUUGUCAGUUUAAAUCUCACCUUUUGAGUCCCCCUGCCAUUUUUCCAAUACAACCCAGUUCUUGCUGUUCUCUGGAAUGUUCUGUUUUCUUGUAAUUCUUCCUUUAGGACACUUUCUCUGUUUUUCUUCACAUCCAAGAGAAGGAAUUGACAUAUAUAAAUGCA